AUGAAGAAAUUCAGCUUGGUCCUUAAGACCCUCACAAACUUCAACAUUGAGAGCAUCAUGAGAAACUCCCAGGACCUGUCCAGAACACCAGCCACUGACCAACAGCCUUCAUCCUCCUCACCAGACUCCCAUGUCCUGCCCCAGGACCUGUCCAGAACACCAGCCACUGACCAACAGCCUUCAUCCUCCUCACCAGACUCCCAUGUCCCACCUCAGGACCUGUCCAGAACACCAGCCACUGACCAACAGCCUUCAUCCUCCUCACCAGACUCCCAUGUCCCACCUCAGGACCUGUCCAGAACACCAGCCACUGACCAACAGCCUUCAUCCUCUUCACCAGACUCCCAUGUCCCACCUCAGGACCUGUCCAGAACACCAGCCACUGACCAACAGCCUUCAUCCUCCUCACCAGACUCCCAUGUCCCACCUCAGGACCUGUCCAGAACACCAGCCACUAACAAACAGCCUUCAUCCUCCUCACCAGACUCCCAUGUCCCGCCUCAGGACCUGUCCAGAACACCAGCCACUAACCAACAGCCUUCAUCCUCCUCACCUUGA